AUGACUGAACCUAGCUCCGGGGAAACAGACACGACAGCAAACUCGACUACUAAACAUAUUGGAGAUGAGGAGGUAGAUGAAUGGGUUGAAGAGGACGAAAAUUAUGAUGACGAUGACUACGAUGACGGAGAAGAGGAAGCGGAGGAAAUUGCACGUCGGUUGAAGGAACAACUAUGGGCGGACAUUAGUAAAGCACAGGCAGACCGCGUAAACGUCACUACGACGGCGUCAACUCCUGGUGCACCACCACAUGGUGGUGUUCCGUCUGCGGUUCCUUCUCCAGUCCCAAUCACACAACCGCCUCCCCAAUCAUCUACAUCGUUCAAGAAGGAAGAGGCCGCCUUGAAGACAAUGGGGAACGAUCCUCUGGUUCACUCAACUCUAGCGUCUGCAGUCGUUCCUGGUGCGGGCACCAGCGUUCUGGAAAUACUCAGUCACACAGUUUCUGCUGGGACAAUUUCCAAAGAGCUUGCAAAAACACUCAGCAUGACCCUUGUAUCUUUGGCUCGCUCCGACACUCUUUUUGCCGCAAUGCGUCAUUCCAAUGCGCCCGCACUACAGCUAGACAAGGGCAAGAGGAAACGCGACGAGACCGAAGAAGAACGGCAGAGGAACGAGCCACGAGCUUUCAAACGGCCAACUUUUGCACAUGGUCAUUUACAGAGCCAGAUAACAGACGCAGUUCGCGCGGUUUCAGAAACUCUAGCCUCCCAUCCACAUUCCAAGGGCCCGCCAGACCCGUCGAUCAUAUCCUCAAUCCAGCUACAGUUACACCAAAUAUUUCUUUUUGCGGUCACUUCUUCUGCGAGAGGAGGACCUGAGACAAACGCCUUACAGGAGAUCAGUGGACUCAUUCAGGUGGUUGGAGUCCUGAGUGGUAGUCCCAUUGGUCCCACCGCUGUCCCACCGCACGCUCAUAUUCAACCCCCUGACGUAUCGAUGUAUCCUCCCCGCCCAUGGAUACCGCCGGGAACUGGCCCCCAGCCUGUCCCUUUCAGCGACAUUGGUACCGCAGUAUAUCCCUGCCUAGUUCCAGGUUGCCGCAAGAUUUUCGCGCGAUUGUUUAGCCUACGAGCACACCAACAAGUGCACGCAGUGCACAGGCCAUAUCGUUGUGCUGCAUGUCCUGCCUCUUUUGCCCGAAAUCACGACCUGAGACGCCAUGCCAAACUACACGACAAGACGGGGUACCAGUGUGCUGGCUGCUACAAGUUAUUCUCGCGGCGUGACGCAAUAAAGAGGCACAAAAACAGCAGUGCGGCUCGUGGUGGCAAAGGAGAAGCAUGUGUCAACGCGGCAAUCAAAGAAGUCGAACUGGACAAGGAAGGUGGGGACGAUGCAGUGCGGGAAGGUCGACGAACACGGAUGUGGGCUGAUAUUGCGACGCAUUCUGUGGCGUCCACAGCAAGUUACGGAACGUUUGGUGAUGAUUGGGGCCCAGAGGAAGGGGAAAUGGACUGGCAACAGGCUGUGCUUAGUCUCCAUAAGACGUUGCAAGCGCAUGUGUUCGAACCGGCUGGAGGUCAAGCGACCUUGGCUAGCGUCAUCGCUAGGGCCCAGCUGCAAAAUAUGCCGUCUUCGCAAACUCAACAAGAUAAUUCAGCGGUGAGCGCUGCCAAUCCUAGCAUGGCCGAUUCGCAGCCUCUCUCUCUGGACGACGGAUAUUACGCUCCGAAUAAUGAUCCAGCCGCGGACAGUGCAAAUGUUUCUGCCCCGCCGCUAUCACUGUAUGGUCUUUCGGAGGAACAAGCGCGACUUUUGGAGCAGGCAAUCGCUAAUGCUGCGUCUGCAGCUCAAGCACAGGCAGAGGCAGAGGCUGCGUUGGAAGAACAGGAAGAGGACUAUGAAGAGGAUUACGACGAGCUGGACAAUGACGACAAUGACAGAUCAACUGUCGGAACCGAAGUCCCUUCAACGUUGGGACAAUAAUCUUGUUUCUGCCACCUCCCAGGCAUGUUCGGCAGCCUUCAGCCCAUCUGUAAUGCAUCUAUCUAAUCGUACAAUUGUUGAUAACGUCCAAAGUAAUGAAAAUAUGUACACAGAAUGCGAAGAACCUGAAUGGCAAUAGCAUGGUAGCAACGUGAGUAACGAACUAAAAUUCAUGGAGGUGGUCGCUUACUAGUCAUGCCAUCAUCAAGAU